CGCGAUCCCAGUCGUCAUCUCCGCCACAUGUUUCUCUUCUGCAUCUUCAUCGCUGUGGACUGCACCAUCGUCUGCGGCACCUCCAUCGUUGUUAUUGUCGUCGUCGUCGUCAUCGUCGCUUUGCAUUGCACCGCGUGCUUUUCGGCUUCGCGACUGGUCAGUCAGCGAGCGGUUGUGUUGUGCGCCAUGUCGUCCCGUGGUGCUGGACGUGGCAAGACCGCCACCAACCAGGCAAUGGAAGUGGCAGUGCGGGAGAAAAAAGGCCGACACAGCGCUAACAAGAAGAGGAAGUUCGUCCAAGGCGGGCCCUCGGGUGCAGGAAGCACCGCAGACGACGAAUGGGUGGGGGAGGAGGUUGCGCCUCAGGAGGAGAGCGACUUUGAGGAAGAGGAGGAAGCGCCGUUGAGGCGGACGGGGGGAGGCCUCCGAAUCGAAGAGGGGGGAUAUGAAGCUCCUGCAGAAAGACGACGGCGUCAUCGACGUGGAAGCCACACAGGAGCCGACGACGUCAUCGACAUGGAAGCCGAGGCGGCAUCACGGGAGGGCGUGGCAGGUGGUGUCGUACAACCGCAUCGCGCACCCGUUUCACGUGUCAACGACGCCCCGGACGCGCACGAGCCUGUGGUCUGCGCACGAACUUCAGCAACCUCACGACCACGGACGACUGCAGACGUUGGAGGGAGUUUGCAAGCGAUCGCUCAAGGGAACAGGAACCGUUCUCCUGCACAGGAGGCGCAGGGGGCCGUUGUGGGGGGUGCUUCACACGCGGGGGAUGUCGUGACGGCAGGGGAUGUCGGCGGAGAGGGGGAGAACGAUGAAGCGCUGGUGAACAGGGUGUUGCGGCGGGAUAGGCGGGAUGUAAUGGAGGCGGCGUCGAAGCUGUGGGUAGAUGAUUUGCGCUUCUGGAAUGAAACGCAAGGAAACGUCAUUGUGAAGUUAAUCCAGGAAGCGCGCCUUCAUCUCGUGGAUGUGGCGCGGGGAGUGCAGCAUCCACCCGUUCGUCGAAGCAUCGUCUUGCCUCACAACAGCAUCCCCCAACACAAAAUCGACAACGAGAUGGAGUUGAACGCUGCGAAGGAGAGGGAAUUCAAGGUGCAGACCAUUAGCUUGCGGGUUAUCCACGGGUGGGUCUUCAAGUCCAAGAGCAGGCAACGGGGAUACCACGCUGCAUACGGCCCCAUGGUCUUCCACACAACACUGGACAUGGACAUGAAGUUGUCAGUGUGGUUCGUCGGCGCCGAUACCGAGGAUAGACACGAGAAUGACGAAAUGGCGUCGUAUCAAGAGGCGAGCAUCCAGCGACUGGUGGCGGCUUUCACGAGCGUCGUGAGCAUGGCGGAGGGAAUCGACGGCCGGCGGGUGUCGUACGACAGGUUGAAGAACAUUGUGGAUGCGAUGAGGAUUCUGCUCACAACGACCAUGUGGCUCAUGCGGAUGAGUGGGGACGAUCUGCGCGCGCAUUACGACUCGUGGCUUUUCGUCCAACUGACAUUGAAGCCCAUGCUAGUCGCAUCCAUGCAUCGGUCGUUCGACGCGCAUCGCCAUAUCCUCCAAGCCGCAACCGUCGUGACGGACAAGUUGGCCAAACCCCCGAUGACUUUGGUCGACCCCCCGUUGUACAUCCCCGACUGAGCAUCUUACGACAUCACGUUUUCACAUUACGAAUUUCAGAUUAGGGAUCUGCUCAGAACCGA